UUCUGUUUUUUUUAUUUAUUUAUUAAUUUAUUGGGUUGUUAACUUGUCUUUCUUUCCAAGGCAAGUAAAAGAAGAUUCUCUUCCUUCCCAAACGGAAAUCGAUUCAGUGCGAAACGGAAAUUGACUCGUUACUGAAUUAUUUGGUUGAUAUUGUUCCAUACAAUGCCAUCGCUGUUUACUUUCAAAUGUUGAGUUGUUAGUUUGUUCAACAAUGGCAGCUGUUAGGUCUUCCUCUGUAAGACGUAUAGGAAUCACAAUCAAUGCUUCUUUCAGUACGGAAUUAGUUCAGCACCGUCACUAUCACCAUAGUGUGUGUGUGAACCUUGCAAGGUUGCCGAGUGAUUCACCGAGUCAUCCUUAUUACAAAAGAGAGUUACAAUCUGCUAAGAAUCAGUUUAGUAAUUUGGCUUCUGAAUCCUUUGGAAGUAGACACCAAUUUGGUACUAGAACCAAUGUAUCGUUUAAUCCUAGAUUCUCUAGCUAUUGUUUUGGGAGUGCCCUUCCUUUUGCUUCUGCGAACCACGUGUUGAAUCGCCGAUUUUAUUCGUCGACGGUGGGAGGUGAUAAAGGAAGUCGAGAUGCUGGUACAGAAGUCUCUGCUGGUUCUGGUGUGAGUGACAUGAAUGCCACUGGUGAUUCUGUUGCUGGGGGUGAUUGGGCUGAGAGGAUUAGAGAUGUUUGGAAGAGUAUGGUAGAGUCAGCAUCAUAUGCUGGGGAAAAGGUUAAAGCAAGAUCCGAUGAUCUCACUCCAUAUGCUCAGCAGUUGCUUGAUUCACACCCAUAUUUAGGCAAUGUGAUUAUUCCGGUUGGUGGUACUUUAACCGCUACGCUAAUAGCUUGGUUCUUGAUGCCUAUGAUUUUGAGGAAAUUUCACAGAUAUGCAAUGCAAGGUCCCGUUUCUCUAUUGCCAGCAAGCAUGUCUGGAGAUCCAGUUCCUUAUGAAAAAAGCUUUUGGGGUGCUUUGGAGGAUCCUGUGCGAUAUUUAGUUACCUUCAUGGCAUUCUCACAAAUUGGUGUAAUGGUAGCUCCAACAACUAUAACCGCUGAAUAUCUUGCACCAGUUUGGAGGGGUGCAGUCAUAGUUUCAUUUGUAUGGUUUUUGCAUAGAUGGAAAACAAAUGUUUUUGCACGGACAUUGUCCAGUCAAAGUUUACUUGGACUUGAUAGGGACAAAGUGCUCGCUCUUGACAAAAUCUCAUCAAUUGGUCUAUUUGUGAUUGGUAUAAUGGCUUUUGCUGAGGCUUGUGGUGUGGCCGUGCAAUCUAUUGUUACUGUUGGUGGUAUAGGAGGAGUGGCUACUGCUUUUGCUGCCAAGGACAUUCUUGGCAACGUGUUUAGUGGUUUAUCUAUGCAGUUUUCUAAGCCUUUUUCAGUUGGAGAUACAAUAAAAGCAGGCUCGAUAGAGGGUCAAGUGAUGGAAAUGGGUCUUACUACUACGUCUUUGCUGAGUUCAGAGAAGUUUCCAGUCAUUGUUCCAAACUCAUUUUUUUCUAGCCAGGUUAUUGUGAACAAGUCCCGUGCUGAAUAUCGUGCCAUUAUUAGCAAAAUUCCUCUGCAAACUGAGGAUUUAAGUAAGAUUCCCCAGAUAUCAGAUGAUGUAAAAAGCAUGCUCAGGUCAAAUGCAAAGGUUUUCUUAGGGAAAGAUGUUCCCUACUGUUUCUUAUCCCGUAUAGAAAGUUCAUAUGCAGAAUUGACUCUUGGAUACAACCUCAAACAUAUGCGCAAAGAUGAACUAUACUCUGCUGAACAAGAAAUUCUGCUUCUGGCAGUUCAGAUCAUUAAAAAUCAUGGGGUUGCUCUUGGCAGCACAUGGCAAGAAAUGCCUUCGAAAUGAUGUGCUCGGCAAGAAGACAAUUUUGGAAGAAGUGGUUGCAAGACAUUGUGAGCUUUAGCUUUUACUAAUGCAAUGCUUACAAGGAAUUUGUCAUUCAUUCACACUGAAGCAGUUUUCCAAUACUAUAGUUUCCCGUGUAGUUGGUUCAUUUGCCUUCAGGUUUUAAUUUUGAUUUACUAAAAGAGUGUGAUUUUUCUCGUUGAUUGAAUUGUGGCAUUAUGUAUCUA